GUCGCAACCUUCGCCAGGGCGAAGGGCUGGGCAACACACUGCAGAAUUUCCGUACCAGAGGCCGACCAUAAGCACCAAUGCGCGAAUGGACGGAGAUGCUGCUUAAACUGGCUGAUAUCUGUUGGAUCUUGUAACGUGCAAAUGUUUCGCUAUGGAUAACCUUCUAGGCGUGCCUUCGUGACUUUCAGUAUCACAGGUGCUGCAUACUCCUAAUGAGCCCGUAGACACAUGCCCUUAAGAGCAGCCAUACAACGCUGUGCAGCAUCUGUCAUGGCCUUAGGAAAGCUAUACAAGCGUCUGCUUGUUGCAGCUGGUGCAGUCGCAUUAAUAGUUGCUAAGUGGUUCUGCACACCGGUAUGGCGACGGCAACCUGCAAGUCGGCAGGACCGCGCUAAUGAGGGGCCACCUGAAGCGGAAGCCUUGCUUACACCGGAGGAUAAAGCUGAUGGCGACGCCCCUUCAGCUGGGGAACAACUUCCUGAUGAAACUGCAUACGAGCCAGCGGAGCUGUCGCGACCCGUCGAUGGCGCGCCUGUUGUACCCGAAGACGUGGUCGUGGAGGCUGUGUUUGAUCCUCAGCCUGAGGAGCCCUUGCCUUUGCCGGUUGAAGACGCGAUCGUGCCUGACUCAGCCACAGACCGUGCCGAUGGCGCCAUGCCCACAGCAGCAGCAGCUCCGCUCUCAAUCCCUCUACCACCAGUUGCUAGUGAUCAUCCUGUUGAUCUUAGAGAACCAAUAGAUGAGGAAUACCUCAAGUCCCUGCUGGAUCAGGAGUUCGGACCGCCUAAGUUUGCAGUCCGCAAGGCAGGGCCCGCAGUCGCGCCUGCGCCCCCAAAGGAGCAGCAACCCCCAAACCCCACCGACGAGGUCUCGCUGCGGGAGCUGCUAGACCAGUCUUUCGGGCCUCCCAAGUUUGCCGUACCGAAGCCGGCUUCAAAUCCCACCACCAGUAGCAUGGAACUAGUCCCAGAUCUCAACGCAUCAGCUCAGGAUGCUGCUGCUCCUCUGGACGGGGCCUCUGCUUCCUCGUCAGGAGCAGCAGCACCACCACCCGUGCCAGCUGAACCCCUACUUAACGGCAGCGGCAGUGACUGUUGCAACGGCGGCAACAUCAGCGCAAGGAACCACAUCCCUGUGGUGGAGGAGCAGCAGCCUGAGGAGAAGGCGGCAGAGGCAGGUAAAGAGAAGCAGGUUGCUGCUACUGCGGCGGCCGCAAUCCCAGAUGCUGCGGCCGGCGCUGCUGCUGUGGAGACGAGUCUGAGGAUGCUAGAACUCACUGUGACGCACGGGCCGGCUGCUGGCAAGCGCUUCGUUGCGGACGACCCAGCCAUUGUGUACAAGAUCGGCCGGCUGCCCGAUUGCUCCUUCCAAAUCCUGGACCAGGAGGUGUCGGGGCGCCAUGCGUCCGUGCGCUGGGACGGAGCCGACAACAAGUGGAAGCUGCACGACGUGGGCUCCCUCAACGGCACCUCUGUGGCCGGCACCGCCAUCGCUCGGGAGUACAAGGUACCUGGGCCCGAGGUGGCUCUGGAGGAGGGGCACUGCGUGUCGCUGGGCAGCGUUACCCGCAUGACGGUGGCGCUGCUGAGGCUGCCGGUCAGGCAGGCGAAGGCGGGGGAGAUGGCGGAGGCGAGGGGGGCCAGGGAGGCGGAGACGAUGGGGCCAGCGGUGCUGAAGAAGCUGCAUGCCGGUUACGGCGCCGCAUCCAAGCCAGCCAGGCCAUCAGCAGCAGCGGCCUUCGCACCCCCCUCUGCCCCCUCAUCAGCUCUAGCGGCCCCCUGUCGUGAGCCCCCCUGCUCCUCCGAAGCAGCUGCCGUACACCCCCAUGCAGCCUUCGCCUCCCUUGCUGCUGCUCCCGCAGCGGCCUGCUCGGCUGGCGGCCCCCCGCCCUCCGUGUCCUCCUCCAUUUCCUUUUCCUCCGUGGCCCUGUCGGCUGGCGCCGGUGGGCUGCCAGCGCCGCUGGCCCUGCUAGACCUACCGCACCUGGGGGCGAGGCUGUGUGUGCAUAACAAGCUGGGCUCGGAUCACAAGCGCAUGAACCAGGGCUGCGAGGAUGUGCCGUACUGGGAGCUGCCGUACGAGCCGUACGGCAACGGCGGCAUCCUGUGUGUCUUUGACGGCCACCAUGGAAGCCAGGCUGCUUUGCAAGCACGGGAGCACGUUCCCGCAAUCCUGCGAUCCAAGCUGCUGUUGCGUGACGGCAGGCAGCCACCGCCGCUGCCGCCCCUGCCGCCGCCGCCACAGCAGCAACAGCAGGGGGCUUCGCAGCAUUCAUGUAGUGUAGUAGAGGAGGAGGAGCGGGAGGCACAAGAGGAGGGAGGGGCAGGGCAGCAGCAGGCGGAGACGACCUCUCAGGAGCAGCAGCAGCCUCAGGAGCAGCAACAACAGCAGGGAGAGGGGGAGCAGCAGCAACAACCGCAGCAGCAGCAACAACCGCAGCAGCAGCAACAAAAGCAGCGUGGUGCAGCAAGUGGGACGACGGGAGAAGGGGGUAGCAUGAGAGGAAAGCGGCCUGAGGAGGACAACGAGGGGGGCGGGGUUAAAGGAGGGAAGAAGAAAAAGCGGAAGACGGAAAAGAAGGCAGAGGAGGAAGGAGCUGCUGUCGGAGUGGAGGGGCAGCCUUCAGGCUCAGCGACGCCGGCGGAGGCGGCAGUAGCCAUGGUGCCGCCCGCAGCAGCAGCUGGUGCUGCUGCCCCUGACACGGGUGCUGCUGCAACUGCUGCUGUUUUGCCGGCGUCGGCGGCAGCAGGGAGUGGCGGUACCUCAGGGCAGCAGGCGGCGCUGCUUCCUCCGCCGCCCCAAGGGCCGCCGCUGCCGCCACUGCUGCGGGGCCGCGACGCCGCCUCACAAAAGGCCCUGCUGAAGGAUACAUUCCUAGCCGCCGACAAGCGCAUGUCCAUGGAGGAGGGCUGCACCGCCACCCUGGUGCUGCUGGAGGCGGCAGAUGCAGCAGGAGGAGGAGCAGGAGGGGGCAGGGGGUGGCUGCUGCAGAGCGCCAAUGUGGGCGACUCCAGCGCUCUCCUAGUCAACUUUACCAGGGGCAGCUGGUGCAAGCUGUCUGAGGACCACCGCAUCGCCUCCUCCGUGUCGGAGCGGCAGCGGCUGGCGCGGCGGGGACACACCGUGCGCAACCGGCUGUACGGGCUCAACAUCAGCCGCAUGCUGGGGGACAGGUUUCUGAAGGAGGAGGACCUGGGCUUUCUGGCUGAGCCCUACGUCAGCUCGGUGACGGAGGUUUCCCCCGGCGAGUGUGCGGUGCUGGUGGUGGCGAGUGACGGGCUGUGGGACGUCAUGUCGGAGGAGCGGGCGGCACGGCUGCUGCUGCAGGAAGCUGCCAAGUCCACCACCUCCCCCAACUCCUCAGCCUCCGGACUAGCACAACCACCCCCAGCACAAGCCCCUUCUUCUUCUUCUUCCACCGCUGCAGCCGCCACCGCCUCCACCCCCUCCAUACCCGCAACCUCCUGCGGCCCUGCUGCUGCCCCCGCUACCCCUGCUGCUCCUGCACCUCCAUCUCCGCCGCCGCCUGCUCCACUCAGCUGUCAGGCAGUAGCUGAUCUGCUGCUGACUCAGGCGCUCAUGCUGAGAUCUCGAGAUGACAUCACCAUUGCCGUACUGGAGAUGGGGCCGCACCUGUAGCCGCGAGGGUUUAGGGGCGAGGAGGAGGAGGAGGAAAAUGAUAAAGGGCGGCUGCUGAUGGAGGAGGGGGAAGGGCGGAGGAUGGGAGCACAGCGGUGACUAGGGUGUGAGGGGCACGGGGGCGCAGUGGAUGCCGCGGUGAUGGUGUGUUUGGCAUGUGUCCUCUGUGUGGCGUUGUGCUGGGGGGGGUAGGUGAGAGAGGAGUGCGGGUGAGCGUGGCAUGGGAAGGGCGGAGGUGGGGAGGAGGUGUUCCAGGAAAGGGGGCCGGGUGUAUGGGCUGUGGAAGGACGGCUGACGGUCUUGAGGGCGCCUAAGUGAUGACCACCAACACUUUGGUGGUGGUUAGGUCCUCAACCGGAGCGAGAAGGGAAUGGGAAGCAAGUGGGAAGGAGGAAAGAUAGAGGGGCUGAGGCGGCCCAGGCCUGUGUGUUUAUAAUGCCCAUGGUCAUUGCAGUUAACCUUCCAUGGUGCUUGUGAAGUAGGUCGGAAAGAAUAGCAAGGCUCCGAACUGAUACGCGGGAGUGCUGUUAGGUACGAUAAACCAGUCGGUUGGCUGGGUAGCUAGCUGGCUUGCGUGACCCAAAAAGGGGGAUGGGUCAGGUGGAGCCCCCGGGUUGGUUGGGUGUUAGAGAGGAGGGCCGUUUCUAGAACUUGGUUGUAGGGGCGCGAGGAUGGGUACUGGUGCAGGCAUGCGGUGCCCUUUUCCGGCAGCCCUUCUUUCUCUUUCCUUAGGUGUGUUUUCUCCCUCGUCACGUUAUAUAUUAGAGACAGCCGGGUAGGGUGCGGUAGUCCCAUGCGGUCAGGGAACAGGAACGGAAGCUCUCUUAGGGGAGCCCUGGGUUGCAUGCUUGGGACUAGCCGUAUAGGUAACCAUUGUCCUCCUUACAGCAGGUACUUCGUUCCAGGCUCUAGGUGUCAGGCACCAGGGAUUCUUGACAAGAGACGGGGUGGGGUUGGGGCCUAAUAGGAGUUGGAUAUUGCGCACAGGCCGGCAUGGGGAUGGGUUGCGGAGGAGCUGAGGUUGGUCGUGAGCAUCAAGUGGUGGGCCUCAGCACACACCAUUUUCACAGGGUGCCGUGAGGCGUGACGGUCUCUUGCUGUCUCGGUGGUUAGAAAGCAUGUGGGCUGAAGGGGAAAGAGGAGCAUGCAACACAUCUUCCAUCCCUGCUCCUUUGAUGACUAGUUAUAGCUGCAGAUGUAUGAGGGGCUGGAUGGUGAACGGGUGUGGAUGGUGUUUGAGCGGGUGAUUUGCACUACUGGCGGAGGUUUUCCGCGCCUGCAGGUAGGGGCGUGUAAGGGUACAC